AUGGCUGAUCCGCAGCGGCCAGGGGACAAGCACUCAAUCAAUCACAAUGGCCACACGAAGCGCAGCGCUCAAGCUCGACUGGGUCAAGGUCACCACCUCCCUCGGCCUCCGCGGCCAGACGGUGGCCUCCUCCAGGCCUUUAAGAAGCGAAACGAAGAUGCUCGCCGCAAGCUCCAGCUCCUCCAGGAGCAGGCCACCGAGGUCGACUUCGCCCAGUACCGCUCCACCCUGAAGAACCAGGCCGUCGUCGACGAGAUUGAGAAGCGAUUCAAGGCCUUCAAGCCCGCCACCUACGACGUCAACAGGCAGAUCAAGGCUAUCGAGGCCUUCGAGGUUGAGGCGGUAAAGAACGCCGAGGCUACCAAGGACAAGGUCACCAUGGAACUCCAGGACCUCGGCAAGACCCUCAAGAACAUUGAGACUGCUAGGCCAUUCCAGGACCUCACUGUGGAUGAGGUCGCGGCUGCCGAGCCUUCUAUCGACGAGAAGACCGCCCAGCUCGUUUCCAAGGGCCGCUGGGUCGUUCCCGGAUACAAGGAGCGCUUUGGCGACCUCUCUGUCCUUUAA